AUGGCAUCCGAUCCAUUUGACGAGUUACUGGAUAUCGAAAAUAACUACUACAAGGAAGGCUAUGAUGCCGGCGUCGUCGACAGCACAUACGCAGGCUUGGUUGAAGGUAAGGUGUUUGGCGUCGAAAAGGGGUACGAGAAAGCGCUGGAAUUGGGUAAACAUCGGGGACGAGCACUUGUAUGGCAACGCCGGCUUGGUUUGUCCAAUGCCAGUGGUGAGGCCCUCCGGGAGGUGACUACUUCCUCUGCCGGCACCCCGACUGCUUCUACCCUGUCCGACGCAGCCAUGAUGCGUCAGGUCUGCCAGACUCUCCCACGCUUGUCCACAAAUGCUCGACUCCAGAGACAUGUUGAGGCACUGUCGAUUGCCGCAGAUCCUGCUUCCGUGGCCAAGGACAAUUCUGACGAGGCGGUCACGGAGUUUGACGAGAGAAUUGCAAAGGCUCGCGCAAAGGCCAAAGUCAUUGCAACCAUUGUUGGAGAAACCUUCAACCCAACUUCCACCGGAAACACUGGCAUAGAAGACAGCACUGGCCUCAAUGCGAGGCAAUGA